UUAGCAUCACUUUUUCAGAUUCACCAACUGUAUCAUUUAAAAUUCAAUCUUCAAGUACUUAUCUAUCAGGAAGUUUAAGAUGUGGAUUAAGAAAUUUAUAUAACUCAGUUGUUUUAGGCUUAUAUACCCAAUUUAAUGCUUAUUCACAAGAAACUAUAAGGCAUAAAAUGAGUUGA